GGUUCUACGGCGCCGGCCCCGGGUCCAGGAAGCGCCGGUGACGGGGGGACCGGAGGUUGUCCUUGGCAGGUUUUCCUCGGCGCUUCUCCAUGGAGGAGGCGGUACGCACGGCUUCAGCCCCGAAUGCUCGCACCUCUCACUGGACGGCGACGAAGGCGGCGGCCGCGCGAGCGCAGGACCGGGCGGCCUGCGUGGGGGUGUGAGCCGCGGCGCCCCGGGCAGCCGCGCGGCGGGCCUGCGGGCCAGGGUGAGGUCGCCGCUCCUUCCUUGCGGGCGAGCCUGCCCGUCGGGAGUCGGGGACGGGCUCUUCAGGCGCCUUUCCUUUCCGGGGGUUCGGAGUCGGAAGCGCUUCUCCUGGCCGGGAAGCGGACUGCGGUUCGGUCCCGCGGAAGCCCGGCGGGCCGGCCGCGUCGGGACGCGUGCUGGUGGGGAUAGCUGCGCUCGUCUCGGCUGGAGCUACACUCGGCCAGGGUUUAAGACUUUAAAUGGGAAUAAAGGGUAGUAUUUACGAGGAAAUGAGAGUGAAUAAGUCAUCUCUAACCUCUUCCAGCCUUUUUUUCAUAAGAGAGACCAUAUUAAACUUACAUGCUCUCCCAGCUGUGAUUGACCUUCAGUUACAGAGAGAGGGUGCAGAGUGGGACCAGGUCUGAGAAUAGUGAAGUAACUCAUUCCUUUCAGGACAUUCCCUCGGAUGUCCUAUUUUCUAACUAUUUGAAGACUGCUUCAUUCUGCCUCCAUUACCAGUGGUUUCUCUGUUCUGUGAUCAAUGUGAUUCCCAAGAACUUCUUACGUAACAAACGAAAUGAGCCAGGGGCGUGGAAAAUAUGACUUCUAUAUUGGUCUGGGAUUGGCUAUGAGCUCCAGCAUUUUCAUUGGAGGAAGUUUCAUUUUGAAAAAAAAAGGCCUUCUUCGACUUGCCAGGAAAGGCUCUAUGAGAGCAGGUCAAGGUGGCCAUGCGUAUCUUAAGGAAUGGUUGUGGUGGGCCGGACUGCUGUCGAUGGGAGCUGGUGAGGUGGCCAACUUUGCUGCUUAUGCGUUUGCACCAGCCACCCUAGUGACUCCAUUAGGCGCUCUCAGCGUUCUCGUAAGUGCCAUUCUUUCUUCAUACUUUCUAAAUGAAAGACUUAAUCUUCAUGGGAAAAUUGGGUGUUUGCUAAGUAUUCUAGGAUCUACGGUUAUGGUCAUUCACGCUCCAAAAGAAGAGGAGAUUGAGACUCUAAAUGAAAUGUCUCACAAGCUAGGUGAUCCAGGUUUUGUGGUCUUUGCAACCCUUGUGGUCAUUGUGGCCUUGAUACUAAUCUUCGUGGUGGGUCCUCGCCAUGGACAGACAAACAUUCUUGUGUACAUCACAAUCUGCUCUGUGAUCGGCGCGCUUUCCGUCUCCUGUGUGAAGGGCCUGGGCAUCGCCAUCAAGGAGCUGUUUGCCGGAAAGCCUGUUCUGCGGUACCCGCUGGCCUGGGUGCUGCUGCUGAGCCUCCUCGUCUGUGUGAGCACACAGAUUAAUUACCUGAAUCGGGCCCUGGAUAUAUUCAACACUUCUAUCGUGACUCCAAUCUAUUAUGUAUUCUUUACAACAUCUGUUUUAACUUGUUCAGCUAUUCUUUUUAAGGAGUGGCAGGAUAUGCCUGUUGAUGAUGUCAUUGGUACUUUGAGUGGCUUCUUUACAAUCAUUGUGGGGAUAUUCCUGUUGCAUGCCUUUAAAGACGUCAGCUUUAGUCUAGCAAGUCUGCCUGUGUCUUUUCGAAAAGACGAGAAAGCAAUGAAUGGCAAUCUCUCUAAUAUGUAUGAAGUUCUUAAUAAUAAUGAAGAAAGCUUAACCUGUGGAAUCGAACAGCACACUGGCGACAGUAUCUCCCGAAGAAAUGGAAAUCUGACAGCUUUUUAAGAAAGAUGUAAUUAAAGGUUAAUCUGUGAUUGUUAUGAAGUGAAUUUGAAUAUCAGAAUGUGUCUGAAAAAGCAUUGUCCUCAAAUAAUGUUCUUUAAAGGCAAUCUUUUUAAAGAUUUCACUCAUUUGGACCACGAAAUUACUUUUUUCUUCUAUUUAAACAAUGGUAGCUCACUAAAAUGACCUCAGCAACAUUGUAUUGUUGUAGAAGUAUUUUACAUUUUCAUCCCUUCUCCAAAAUCUGAAUGCACUAAUGACAGUUUUAAGUCUAUAAAAAUGUUUUAUUUUUCCAUUGGUGAUGAAAGUCUGAAAUGUGCAUUUGUCAUCCCCAUUCCAUCAAUCCCUGACCAUAUAAGGCUUUUUUAUUUUAAAAAAGAACACAGUUAUCCCAAUACAUUAUCCUAUGAUUUACCUUACCUAUAAAAGUGGCUCCUGUUUGAUGAUUGGUUUUAUUUUUGAAAUAUUAAGGGAAAACUAAGUUACUAAAGGAAGGAAACUCUUACAAGACAAAAAAAAGGGUGGAAAUCACCACAAGGAAUUAUUUCUCAGGUUGUGAUUUAUCACCGUGAAUCCGGCUUCCUGUGUGCAUUCGAUGGCCGCCUUAGCACCUUCUCAGACCAGCGCCUCCUGCCUGUUGUUGCAACCUGGCUGGGUUUGUUCUUCAGUUACCCGAAUCCCAUGCUGCCUGGAACCUUGAUGAUGACCGUUUUAUAUCAGCUCUUGUACUUUUCAGUAUAUUUUCAUAAUGAAUUAUAUUGUCAUUUAGACUUGGAACAGCUCUCGGAAAUAGACUAGGGUUAUCUCUUAAAUUUAGCUCCUGUUACAAUAAAAAGUUGAAA